AUAAAUUCAAAUUUCGAAGCGUUUGUUUACAUUGUGUAUAAAAUCUAUAAUUUUAUAUAAUUUGCAGUAAUUUUUAUUAUUAUAAAUGGAUGAAUUGAGAGGACCUAUCAUACAAAUUGUUCUGCAUGUAAAAGAGGGACUUGGGUUUGGUUUUUUACGAUCGCCCUUUAUUGUAAGUGGUUCCCUAAAUGGAUACAUGCUGGAAACUGAUCCAACGGUGCCCAGUCACGCACCAGUCUUCGAUGCGGAACUAGUUUGGGAAGCUGAUAAAAGAAGAUUUCGAAGUUUAAGAGUACAAAAUGUACCAGUUAAAGUUGAGGUGUAUACUACUGGCUCUCAAGGCAGAAAAGAUAAAGUUGGUUACCUACUUCUCAGCCUGCUUGGAGCUCAACCUUGCCCUGCUAAUAAAUUUGUGGAUGUAAAACAUUCAUGGCAUAAAUUGCUAGGUGUGAAAUCAGAGGGAAAGUGUUGCCACCCACAACUGUUGAUGAGUCUUACUAUUGAAGAUAGGGUCAGCACACCCACUCCUAGGAAUGAACUAAGGAUGUUUCACAGCAAUGAAAUAGUGAAUCCAUCCAGCAGGCAAGAAAAAAAUCCACCUGCAUCUAAAUCAAUUUUGUUAAAAGUUGAGGAAUACAUAGCGGAAAGCAAGAGAGUUGCUUCUUCAAUAGAUCUACAACCUAAGUUAAUUUGUGAGGAAGGGCUUAUACAGAUUGGUGAUGGGAACCAUUUGUUCUUGUUAAGUCUGGUUAUUGGAUCUGUGGAGAAUCUAGACUUGUUGUUGCCAUCAACAUUAAAGGAGACAGCAUUUUCGUAUGUGACCUACACAGUGUUUACACAUAAUAUAAUGACAGACAGAGUGAGUGCAACAACAAUGGGCAAUACUAGUAGAGCGCAGUUCAACCAACGCACAUCACUGCGUUUGCAAACUGACCUGUCCACACUUGGCAGGUAUUUUGCAGAGUGCCCACAUCUCGUCACUAGAGUGUGUGUGGGUGAAAAAGAUGUUGGUAUAUGCAGUAUGGAUCUCCGAAAACUGAUACCAACUGAUGACAUCGAACUUUUCAUUACCAACUUCUGCCAAAAUGACAAAUCGCUAACAGUGCACGAGCGCUGCUUUAUAUUGCGGUGCGAUGACGUCAUCAGAGAAGGUUCUAGACGUCCCUAUAUGGAUGUGGAGCUGAGCUUGAAAUAUCUUGGAGUUAAAAAAAAUUCACAGAAGCCACUCCUAACAGCACGCAGUGCGACCCAGUUAAAAGUGGAUCCAGAACAGCAGGUGGUGGUGGACUCUGAAGACAUCCUCAUCCAGGGCCGAGCUGGCAGCUGCACCGAUCUAGGGGGCUUGGGGGGUUACCGGGGGGUGGCGCCUUCUAACACUGCUAGGUAUACAAACGCAUCGGGCGAAGCGAUGUUGCCUACAAACGAAAUAGCCGAACUUAUAAAGAAGAUGUGCGAUACUUUUGCUUCUAGCCAAGAGAAAUUACUGGCAACACAUAAAACUACUUCAGAUAUGCAAAUUCAGUGUGAUGACGUUCAGGAAGAGAAAAACGAGCUAGUGGGAGAUACUGAGAAAGAGGACAAUAAUUUGGAAGAUUUAAUUGAACGAGAACCGGUAAAGUUGGAGGCCACAAAAAGUGACACAUGUUUUACGGCCAAUGUAAGAGAUGCCGUGAACAAAGUAAUGACGGCGGCGGAUCGCGAUACGAUAAUGCAGAAGUAUGUGGAUGAGCUCGAAGACUGGAAAGAACAACAGCAGAAACUGUUUAAAAUACAGCUGAAACGCAAGGAGGACUACCACCUGGAGCUGCUGGCGGGCGAGUGGGCGAAGCGCCGCGCGGAGCUGGAGGGCCGGCUGGCGCGCGGCGUGGAGCAGUGCCGCCAGCUCGCGGCCGACCUCAGCCGCGCCACCGGGGACUUCGCCCUGCGCGGCCACAGGAACGCGCAGCGGGAGAGGAAGUUACUAGAAGCAAAGAAAGCUCUAGAAGAACAUUACACGGCGAAAUACAAAGAUUUAAGGGAAGCGUCGCAGAAGAUGGAGGACGACAUGAAUCACCAGCUGAAGGUGAAGGACCGCACUAUAGAAGACCUGCAAUUAAAGAUUCAGAAAAUGGAGAACAUAAUUGAUGGACUUAAAAUGGAUUUGAAAAAUGUUGAAAAGGAUGCUGAAAGUAGAUGCUCCGGAUUAACGAAAGAUCAAACUGCCAGUCUAAUUCAGGAGUUGGUAAGUAAAUAUAUGCUAACUAAUGCGUUCUUCAAAGAGCAGUGGGGGCGCGCCGUGCGUGAGCUGCACCGCGCCAAGCUGGCUGCGCGCCGGCAGCUGCUGCACACGCUGAGGGACCAGCGGCGGCAACUGGCUGACGGGUUGGAUCCCAUCGAAGAUCAAGAAGAGAUUGUAAUGGAUGACAAGAACGAAGUCGACAUAAAUAAACUCAAAGAUGAUUUUUACGUGGACAUUCUAGCCAAUUCCCCGGCGAUGGAGUCACGAUCGCUUAUAAGUACGUCCGGUCCUGAAGGGAUGGAGAUUUACGACGAUUUAAUAAAAGCGCCAAUAAAUCCUAUGAAUACUCGCCUCAAAGACUUGAUGUCACAACGCGAACAACUCGUCGCGAACGAACAAACCGAUGAACAAGCUCUGCGGGCACUCAACACUGAGAUACGGAAUAUACUUAUUAAUUGUGCCACUUGAUGUUAAAUUAAUAAAUUUAUAGUC